CAUCACAACGAGACCGUCGACGGAAUGUUGCCUCAUCUGUUGUAUUUUAUCUCGUUGACGAGACUUUUCGACAAUUCCGCGAAUGGCACUGAUUUUGAGCACGGAAUUCAAUCGCCAUCGUUUUUGCCGAAAUCACCACCUGAGCACGGAAUCAGUGCGGCCGCACUCAACUAUGAAUCUUUCGCGGUUGAAUCAGACCGCUCGAGGGAUGGCACGGGCCGGACGGGAUGCAAUGGGAGCGGACACGAGGAUGGAGCGACCGAUAGUGUUCUGCAUAAAAUCCUCAACGAUAAUUACGAUAAAACAAUUGUGCCGAAUCGUGACGGUGCAUUAGUGUCGAUUGAGGUUGCUCUACAAACGUUCUCGGAUAUCUCCGAGAGUAGUGCCAGCUUCACGGCUGAUAUACUGCUCAGGAUUAUGCUUAAGAGAAAUGUUUGGAGUAAAGUGGAACGCUUCAGUCAGAUCUGGCAUGACGAACGAUUGCGUUUCGAGCAGUAUUCAUCGUGUAUUGAGAAUUUGACGCUCAAUUAUUUGGUUGUGGAUCGGAUUUGGCAACCAAUGGUGUGUUUUGUGAACAGCAAGAAAAGUGAUCUGCAUUCAUCACCUACACCGAACACAUUCCUUUUGAUCUAUCCCAAUGGCACCGUUUGGAUAAAUCAUCGUCUACGUGUAGAAGGACCAUGUUAUAUGGACUUGCGAAGAUUCCCAAUGGACAGCCAAGAGUGUGAGCUGAUUCUUGAGUCGUACGCCUACAAUGCAGCGAAAGUCAGGCUGAAAUGGCGAGAUUGGGAUCCUGUACGGUGUUUGCAGUCUUUCGACUAUCAGAGAUUUCUAUACUUUGUUUUCUCUUAUGACUCGCGUACUCGUCUACCAGACUUUGUGCUAAGUGAAUUGAAAUGGGACAAGAAAUCUUUCUUCUACGCUGCUGGCAAAUGGGAUCAAUUAUCUGUAAGUUUUUUUCUGACUCGUCAAUAUGGCUUCUACAUACUGCAAAUUUACACACCAACCUAUAUUAGCGUUGUGAUGUCGUGGCUUCCGUUCUGGAUCGACCGUAAUUCACAACCGGCCAGAUUUACGCUUGCUGUCAGCUCGCUGAUGGCUCUCACGUUUCAGUACGGCAGUGUGGCGAAGUCUUUACCUCGAGUCGGUUAUAUCAAAGCGAUUGACAUUUGGAUGUUCGCAAUGUGCUUCUUUAUUCUAUUCUCAUUGAUCCAUUUGACGAUGGUCGGCUAUAUCGACCGAGUUACGACGACGCGAGAGAAACGAAUCGAGAAAUCACCAAACAGUCCAUUGGUAUCGUUCAAAAUAUUGCUCUGCUCAAAAUCUCCUCCUUCAAACACAAAGCCUUCUGAGACUGCCACGCAAGUUCAUCACGAUGUGUCGAAUAAUCAGUUGUCGAAUGGAGAUGUUGAAGGUGCUACAAGUGAACGGAACCAACAUAAAGAUGAUGUACGUUUGCGAAAUGUGGAUUGCAAAUCAGCUCUAAUCAGCGCCUAUCCAGAUUCUUUGGUGAAACAGAAACGGAUCCGAAAAAUCAGCCGACGGAAGCCUUCAUGGCCCAGACGCAGUGUGAAGAAAAAAUCCACAAAUGCUGACUUAUGGGAUGAACGAGCGAGAAGGAAUUUUCCAAUUGCAUUCGGCAUUUUCAAUGCUCUCUAUUGGGGUUAUUACGCGAUUUUGGAGCGACGGUUGUUCGACGAUCCAAUGAGAACUGGAUGA